AUGACUAGCCCUCUGUACUCCGCUGAGACUCCCGAGCAAUUCAGACGACUGUCUGAGAAGAGUGGAGGCAUAGACCUUCUUGCGCACCUGACAGAUAAGGAGUUGAAAAGCUCUGCUAGUCGAUGGGGUCUACGACAUUUGCUUGGUUAUCGACUCCUCACGCUGCCCGAGAAGUCCUUUCUGGAAGAUAUCAAGAAUGAGAAGAGCAUAAGAGUUGCCCGAUCUGCUAUCCUGAGGAAUCCUCUUGACCUGUUGAACACUACAGACUCCAAGCUUCUCCAGCUGCCGGGCGGGUUUUUCUGGGUGGCACUUGCUCGGGCAUCUCGCGCGGAGGCUGUUGCCAAGCGAAGAGUCUUACCCCAGCGAGAGAGGCGGCCUGUGGCGCGUGUUGGGUAUGUUAAUUCUACAACCGCCAUCGUAGGCUCGUCCUCCCCGUCGCAGCCAUCUUCGUCCGAGUCUGAAGUUGUCCCCGACGAGGUCGAUGAGGAUCAACAUGAAACGCGGCGAACUAAACCGGAGGAAGUGACGGUCCACCUCCUGGUCUGUUUUCUCCAAUUUGGCCUCAACCUCUGUCUUUCACAGGAUUCAACAGAUGGUUUUGAGGUACAGACGCGAGUGAAGCGUAGGAAGUGUACAACCUACGUGGCUGGGAUAUAUCAAAUCAGUGCGGAAGAUGACGGUGGAAUCUGCAAGGUGCGCCACCAUGAUCAGGGUUGGGCGAUGAGGAACCCAUCCCUAGCCCUGCUUGAGGCGAAGAAGGCUUUCAAGUACAUGCGUUUUGACAAGACAAACGGACAACUCAAGCCAGUCAUAUCAAAUGCGACCUUGGCUCAGUACCUCGGUGAAGCUGUUUUCCUCAUCGCUAGUACGAGCACCUUCGUUCGCUUUGUGCACUUCCAAUUCGGUUCCGACUACGAGGAAUACAUAGCCGCUUCAACCGAGGAGGACCAGAGAGUCUUGGUCGACGAUGAAGACAACGACACGUUCGCCUACAUGCGCACCACUAAAUGGUUUAACCUUCAGUCUCCUGAGGGGCGGCGUAUUGCAUUGUGCCAUAUCCUAGCGCUUCUACGAUGGCAUGAUGAGCACACAGCAAUGCCUGUCCCGGGUCCAGACGAAUCCAUGGCUUCUGAGGACGAUGACGACCUCAUUCCUUCUGAGAAAGAUGACGAUCCCAUUCCCUCUGAGGAUGGUAAAUUUUUCAGUUCUUCUGCAGACGAUGACUAUCCCACGCUUUCUGAGGAUGGUGAUUCCUCCAUGGACGAUUCAAGUGUUUAG